AUGGCAACUGAAACAGUUGAAACGUUUAAUCAGAUUCAUCAUGAUCAGUUUUAUACAGAAAAUAAUCAUUUAUAUUCUAAAAAAGGAAUUGAUUAUUUUGAACAAAAUGUUAUUAUAUAUCUCUGUCUGAUUAAAGCAUUAGCACAAAUUGCUAUAUUGUCUACAUCUCAAUCGAUUGCUCAACGAAUUCCAACUUCUUAUUUAACUCAUCGUCAAAUUCAAAAUGCAUUAAAUGAUAUGUGGGGAAAAAGUGCAUAUGUUGAUGAAGCAAAACGUAUUUUUAAAAAUAUGUCUCAACCUGAUCAGAUUGGAUAUACAGCAAUGAUUAAUUGUUAUGGUUUAAACGGUAUGGGUAAUGAAGCAGUAGAACUUUUUCGACAAAUGCCAACAAGUCUUAUCAAUGAUUUCACUUAUGUGUGCGUUUUAAAUGCAUGUUCACAUUCUGGAUUAGUUGAUGUAGCUCGUUCAAUCUUCAAUACUAUUCAAAUCAAAUCACCUAUAAUAUACACAACCAUGGUUGAUUGUUUUAGUCGUGCAGCUGCCUUUGAACAAGCAGAGAAAUUGAUUAACCAAUUCGAACGUGAUCAUGUUCCUGUAUUGCCCAUGCACAGUUAG